AAAUUGUUUGGCGGGCUUCUCUUUGUCAGCUGAUCAUCUUCCUUGAUUCACAAUAGAUUAUGAAUGUCGCUUGUAACCGUCAUGAUGAUAAUUCCCCAAUCUUGUUUAUCGAUUUUAACCAAGAUUAUACAUCUAUUCAAGUUGGGACAAAAACAGGAUACAGCCUCCUGUCAACUGUUGGUGAUCAGGUGACUGAGACAUUUUCUUCUACCGGUGAUCCUAUGUGUAUUGUUGGAAGAUUAUUUAAUCGAAGCUUAGUUACAUUGGUCUCACAGAACGAUAUGCGCAGGCUACUAGUUGCACAUUCCAGAAUAAACACAUUGAUAUGCCACUAUCGUUAUACUUUGACUAUAUUAGCUGUUAAAAUGAAUCAUCAGCGUUUAGUAGUUUGUGUAGAAGAUGGAAUAUUUAUUCAUAAUAUGCGUGAUAUGCAAUUAUUGCACAAAGUUGAAGAAACUCCACCUAACCGAAAUGGUGUUAUUGCUUUAUCGGCCAAUGAAAGCAAUUGCUAUUUAGCCUAUCCUGGCUCUCAUCGUGUUGGAACUGUUUUCAUUUUCGAUGCAUUAAGUUUCCAAAAUGUUACAUCUAUCGCUGCCCAUGAUGGUCUACUAGCAUGUCUUACAUUUAAUGCGAGAGCUAAUUUAUUAGCGACCGCAUCAGAAAAAGGCACUGUAAUACGAGUGUUUUCUAUUCCACAAGGAGAAAAAGUGAUUGAAUUUCGUCGUGGACUUACUCGCUGUGUAUCUAUCUGCUCUCUAUCAUUCAGUAUGAAUAGUCAAUAUCUUGUUGCCGCUAGUCAUACAGAAACAGUGCAUAUAUUCAAAUUGGAAAGUCGUUCUUCUGAAAAGACACCUGAAGUUCAAACUGAUCACUAUACUAGACAACGUACUACGUCUUCUAGUUCUGGAGCUAGUCAAGUUGCUGGAUGUAUUAUAGAUGAUUGUGAUCCGCCUUCAUCUGAUGAUAUUGGCACAAAUUACCCGGGAUGUAUAGAUAUAAAUACUGCUGGUUUAGAUAAUACUAAUACUACAACUGGUGCAGCGGCAGCUACUAUGGCCAGUUGGAGUCAAGGUUUAAUGGGAUGGAUGGGAAGUACUCUAAAAACAUAUUCUGCUUAUCUACCACAUCAAGUUUCCGAAAUAUUUGCUCAGGAUCGUGCGUUUGCAUAUGCUCGAAUACCAUGUGCAUCAGUUAAUAGCCCAUUUCGUCCACCAGGCAGUGGUAGUCCUGUAACCAUGACUCCAACCGGAGAGUUGGUUAAUCUUAAUUAUGCUGGUUCGACAACUUCAAUUCCUCAAGGUAGUUUAAUACAGUUGUCACCUGGGCAAAGGAAAGUGGCUGCUCUUGUUUAAGUGAUAAAUGUGAUAAAUACUGGGUCCUGUAUAAUAAGAAAUGAAUAUAUCUACUCUUCAAUAAGAAGAUCUGCAACUCCUGACAUGGCUCAGAUUGACUGACCUCGACCUAAUGAACUAAUGUUACGUCUUAGUUUAGCUAUCCUUAGCGUUUUAACCUGCUUCUAUGCCAACCAGGAGUCUGUAUCGAGGUAGGCGGUGAAUGGUGGGUAUGCAUAACACAUUUUCUAUCAUCUCAGGCGAUUAAGAUUCAGAUUGUAAGCAACCAAUCUAGGUAUUACCCUACAUCUAAUCUGACUGUUACUCACACAGUGGUCCCGUCGUGCUUGAAUACUGGUUCAAAAUAAUCUAUGAUUGAACAUUAGUAACCAACAGGAGUAACUUGAAGAAACAUAGUUUCGGUUUAAUAUUUACGACCAUGUUUGUUUUUCCCUACUUUGAACCCGACUGUCGAACUUAGCUACAUCCAGUUGGGGUUGGCGCAUAUAAUUUACGUGGUUAUUUGGUGUUUACCAUGUAUAAUAUUAAUAUGGAUAAUUUGAAGAUGCUUUCUCAUCACAUGCUGAUGUUGGCCACAGAAAUCACUCACCAAUAUUAAGAACACGAAUAUGGCAAGUUAGAUAAUUAUGUAGUGUUUGUUGCUAUGUCAAGUCCACAUGGGUUAUUCUAGCUUUCGGACAGACCAACUUAUUUAUUCAUCUCGAGCCAUAUAUUGACCUUGUCAAUUAUUAGCUCAUAACCUUGAAUUUUGUGUAUGUAUUGCUUACCCUACUCAUCACAUGUCUUUAGCUUAUUUUUUGUUUGGCUAUAAAUAUUGAGUCACGCUUGAUCAAAAGUGAGUUGGCACACUUUCCUUCUCCGGCCUGCUUUUUCCACUCGUUUCUCUGGUUGUCUGUCUGGAUUAACGAAUGUAUGAAACAUGCGUAUCCGAAAUUCAUUCUCAUAUUCGAAUUAUUCCGUUCUUCUCUGACGCGAAUUAAGCUGAUAAAUAUAUACGACGGUUGACGCCAUCUAUAUUUCUUUAGCACUAUCAUUCGAUCAAACUGGAGUCAGAUCAGUGUGCCACAAGAAGAGUAUGGUAUAAGGACGAACUAAAAACAACUGAGGCAAGUUUCAGCCUAUCAGAAAACACCUUUAAUACUGUAUGGGAAACAAACAUUAAUAUUAAAAUGGGUAAACGAAUUUUGCAUAAUUAUUGAAUCUAUUGAAGUUGUUUUCUAGAUUUCGAUUGAUCGUCCAUCCUAUAUUGAUACGAAAGCUUCACAACAAGUGUGAGCUAGAGGAUAGGGCUUGUAAGUGCAAGCUAUAUGCGCGCGAAUAUAUAUACUAAACUAUUUUCUCUGUAGAGUAUUAAACAUUUGAUCAGUUCGCUUGUGAUUUAUUAUUAAAUAAAUAUUAUUUGAAGCAUACAAUGAAUAUGAGUUGAUCAAUUACACAUCAAUAAUCUUCAUACAUAUGUGUCUAUCUAAAAUUACUUAAUAAUGACUCUUUGCACUUGAUCAUAAUGGUUUCUGUAUACGUACUCUUUUUUUAACUGCAUGUUUCUCAUAUUUCAUUGUUAUUAAUUGUGUUGUUUCAUUAAAAACACAUUUGUAGCUAUCAGAAUCAACCACGAUUAAUUGUCGCUGGCCUAGACGGUCUUGUGCAUAUUUUCUCUAUUGAUCCAGUCAAUGGUGGUGAAGGUGUUUUAAUAAGAACUCAAAGAUUACUAUCUCCACUUUCAACAAAUAAUCAACCAACUAGUAUAUCAUCUGUAGCAAUGAAUCCUAAUUCACCGUACGAUUCAAACUCUCUCCCAACAUCUAAUGUUACUAAUAGUAAUGUUAAUAUUUCUACCGGAGAUGGUAAUACAUCUAAAAAUGUCAAUUGUAUUCGAACUGGCGGGCCUCAACAACCAGGUGUUUAUGCAUUACCAGCGUCUGUUGCUACAACUGUCAAUUUAUCCAGUGGCAGUAAUCCAGGCGUUGUUACAACUGGUAAAGUCAAUACAUUCGCAUCAGUUGUUGCUGGUGGUAUAAAAGAUGAAAGCACAAACGUUACUGGUGGUAAUCAAUCACCGAAUUCCAUGAAGUCAGCAUGUCAUGAUGAGUGAAUGAAUCGAUAAUGUAAAUGGAUCAACACAACCCCCCUCUACACACACACACACGCAUCAAGAAAGAUUUGUCUACACUGCAAUAUUUCAGAUUCAAAUGUUGUUGUCGUCAUAGUUGUUAUUUUAAUUUUGUUGAAUAAUUGGCUAAAUGAUUUUAAUCGUGUAUUUUGACUAGUUCAUUAUCAUCUUCGGUUUAUUUUUGUCAUUCAAAGUUUUAUGUACAAUGAAUUCUCAAAAACGAUUAUUUCAGUUGUUAGUGUGUUUUUAGCGUUUUAUUAUUAUUAUUUUUUGAGUGCCCAUUUUGUUAAGUAAAACACGGAAAUUCUGUUAUUUACUCUUUUCGAAUAUUGUUAGAGUAAAGAAAACUCGCGAAUCUAACCAACAUACACAAACACACACACACACACACAUCAUACACACUCUUCAACAUUAUGCCUAGGUUUUUCCAACCAUCUUUAUUUUCAUAAAGUUUAUUUGACGUUUAUUUCCCACCAUCCAUUAAAUGCCUCUGUGUAUAUCGAAAAAAAGUUGUUCUCAGCCAAGGAUAACAGACAAUGAAAUAAGGUAUAAAUUAUCCCGUCUAUUCAACCCUGUAAUAUUUCUCUUCUUUUUUUUAUUUUUACCAAGUUUGUCACCUUAUCUUGACUUAUUCCCAUUGUCGAUUGUCCUAUUAUUGUUUACUGCUUGUUGUUAUCUUUUACUGUAUAAGCUACCACAUUGUACUACUCAUUAAUAUCAUGAUCAUUUAGAUGUUUCUUGAUUAAUGUGGCAAUGUAUACUUAUUUUCCAUUAGAUUACACGUUAAUUUUUUUUCUCAUUACUGUUAAAAUGAAUUAUUUACUUCUCAAUGAAUUAUUCAAAUUUAUUAUUACUUCCCAUUUAUAUUUAAUGGAAAAGUGAAUUAUUCUUUGUACAAAUUUUGUUGUCGAUUUUUUUCUCUCUUUCUCUCCCCCCCCCCUAAAACAAUUGUUUUACAGUAGAAGAAAAAAAAGAGUCAAUGAACUCUUGAAUGACAGAUUUUGAUUUGUCCUUGUCUUUAAACUUUGUAUUUUUACACUAUUGUUGACCCUGUUAAUAAUACACCUAUAUUUUGAGCAUCUCACUCUUAUUCCUAUCCAUUUUGAUUAUUAUUAUUAUUUUGUUGAAACUGUGAUUCGUAUAUUAAUUGUUUUCCAUUUAUCUAAUUGUGCUACCUGUGAAUUGUUGAAAUAGAUGCGAGUUGGUGGUA